AGUGCAUAGAAAAUAAACAAACUAUAUAAAUCAUUACCAAAAUACAAAUAUAAUGGCUUUGGCAAAUGUACUUUUGCUUAGUCAAAUCGCAGGGCAUGUAUUGCUUUUCAUAUUAUCGCUAUGCAUUGUGCUGCCCUUGUCCAUCAAUGUCCACCAGUUUUGCGGACACUGCUUACUGUUCACAACGGGCAAAUGGCGCGAAGAAGAUGGUAUGUUCGAUGUAAACUGGGCCUCGUACGGAUUUUGCAGCUUUCCGCUUGUUACUGGCGUCCUUUUAUUUAUAAUAUCUGUAGUGCAAAUCUAUCGCUAUGUGCGCAUGAAAGACGAGGAAUCGUUUAUUGCUCUUUUUGUUGAUGUUGUGCUAGGUAUAUGGAUGCUGGCCAUGUCCAUUUUAUCUGCAAUUUUCAUUACCCUGGGAUUCAUUGUUUGGUGUGACAGCAUGACUGAGCGUUUUCCAUCCUGCGAGACGUCGGCCGGUCAAAACAUAAUACGUGGCGACACUGACAAAAUUAAUACGUCAAGCUUUUACAUUGAAAUGGGCACUACACAGUUUGGCGCCUGGGGAGCAUUCGCAAUUUCUGUGGGCAUUGGCGUCAUUGCUUUACUAAAACUAAUCCAUAAUCAUCAAGUGCGCAACAUAAAGGUGUCUAUGUAUUUAGAGCGUCAGCGCUUGGUUAAUCAAGAACAGUUCGAAGGACGCUCAUCACCACCACUCACAUCGGGCGCUGCCUCCGACUCUGAUCAGAAUAAAUAGUUGGCGAAUCUGACAGUAGAACAUUUUGUUAUUUUGUACGUAUUUAUUACUAUAAUGAGCAUAGUAAUCUUCACAAUUAUUGUAUCGCUCGAAAUUCGGCAGCACACAGUUAUUCUGUAAUCGAAAUAUUAUUGUGAUUGUGUUGCAAUAACAAAUCUAUAUUAAGUUGAUAAGUUAUUUACGUGAUAUUUUAUAUAUAUGUAAUCGUUUAAUCAAACCAAUCCAUUAAAUUGUAUGAUAACCAAAAAUAUUUGUGUUUAUUACAAGACGGGUAGGACUACUAAGCAUAUGCUUAGUGCGAGGGCUAAAAGGAGGCUUGGAAGCACUGAAGACGAUGAUCAAUCUUAAUUGGAAUCCCCUUUUAUUUUGUGUAGUUAGAAAAACGAAGCAACCUAAAUAGCUACUAAUACUUACCACAAUAUUACAGUGAAAAUAAAAUGCAUUGAAUUCUGUUAUGUCUGUUACAUUUAUUUUGCUGUUAUUUCCUUUUCUUUACCGGUAUUUUUGUUGCAAGACUUUGUCGUACUGUCAAAAGAAUUUUGGGGGAUUGGAUUUUCACAUUUGCAUUUUCAACAAAAUGUUUUCUUUUAAAUACUUUAAAGCGAUAUCCAUUGUACAUUAUAAAUUCCGUAUUUGCUUGCAUAGUCUGUUUUUAACAAAUUCCUCUAGGAUUCAUCAUCUCUAUCAUAAUUUUGUU